AUGUGCUGUGGGCUGUGCAGGAGCAUCAAGCAGAGCGCUGUCUGCCACCAGUUCCGGCAGGCCCUGCCGACUCCUGCGCCCUCGUCGGAGGCCCUGCCGACUCCUGCUCCCUCGUCGGAGGCCCUGCCGACUCCUGCGCCCUCAUCGGAGGUUCUGCUCACUCCGCCCAUUACUGUGUCUUCGUGGGAGGCUCGGCCUCUCACUGGUCCCCUGUCAUCUGGUCGGCCUCCAAGCUGCCCUCCUGAUCUGGUCUCCGUGUUCAGUCGGCCUCCCGGCCGCCCACCUGAACUGUCGUGGCCUUAUGGCCUUCCUCCAGGCCGUCCUCCUGAACUUUCUGGGCUAUAUGCCCUGCCUCCAGGCCGUCCGCCGUCCCUCCUCCGGAACCCCUCCACCCACUCUGCUUUGUGUUUCUGA